GGAAACGCUUAAACUUGGAGAACUGUUUGGGUGAUCGAAAACCCACCUUGACAGAUGAGGAAGAGAGUGGUAGCAGUACCAGUAGUUGUGAUGAACCGAGUAGGGAGAGACACUCAUCAGACACAGCGAGUGCCGAAAGUCCCCAGACCAACGGAGAACAACAUCCGAUACAGAGGGUUGUAAAGAAAGAAGACGACGACACGUCAGCCACCGAAACUGCCGAUGAAAGUCCCUCUCCAUUAACCGUCAAAGACCUCAUGUCGAACGUGAUAGAGAUUACAUUGAAAAAAACAGGAGCUCCACAACAAGCCCCUAAUGCCAACGUUGUUUCAGUGGCGAAUAUGGCCCCCACCAUCUCGUCCAUAUUGAACAACGAUUCAAACGAAGUGACCAUUGUGAGCGAGUAUAACUUGAAUAGUGCCCAAGUGCCGAGAAGUGCGCGCAAUGAGGUGUCAAUUAUGAAACUGGUACCACCCCUUAUUGCAGCAACAAUCACACCCGUUCCAGCACCUGGUCAAGUUCCAUCUCAAACGCAACAAGACCGGGUCAUACGAGACGAUUUGGUGGUGUUACAAGUUCAAGACGGUAGAGGGGGAGGAGAGCCGGAAACGUUGGAUUUGAGUAUAAAGAAACCGAGGGAUCUUGCGCCACCCAUGCACCCCAAGCACCCGCAACCACCUGUCAGUCACAGAUCAGAACAACAGUCGCCGUAUAUGGGUUACCAUCAACAUAGAGAGGAGAGGAAAAGUCCGGCAGUGUACGUGUCAGCGGUACCUCCGAGAGUGCAGCCAAAAUUGCCCAGUCCAAAACCGGCCAAUCUUAAGACGGGUUCGAUCACUCAGGGCACACCCAUCAUCAAUCAGCCUCGUUUUGAAGGCCUACUGAGACAGAUCACGCCAGAAUCGAAAAUGGGAUCGAUAACGCAAGGAACUCCCAUACAUGUGCCUCACAUGCAGCAGGACAAACGUAUGUAUGACUAUUACAACAAGCGUCAGUCAGUUACGCAGCCUCCGCCGCCCCAAUCGGGCGGUUAUCCGCCUCCUCAAUAUCGUCAACCGCCUGCCGCAGUCUACUCCGUCGAUCAACAGCUCAGUUCUCGUCAGAUUAUAAUGAACGAUUACAUUACAUCGCAGCAGAUGCUUGGAAGACGUGCAGCGGCCAGUGAUAAGGCUGCAGCGGUGGCUGCUGCCGCCCAAUAUUAUGCCCGAACGCCUCCUCCCUCGCAGCAACCUCCACAAAUGCCCCCGUCGUCUAUUGCCGCUCAACAACAGCAGCAACAGCAACAAAGGCAGGGCGUCAUCCAGCGACACAACACGCAACAACCUCAACAGCAGCAGCAACAGCAACAGGUGAGUGGAGGGGUUAGGCCUCAUUAUCCCCCCGGACACGAGGCGUUGGGGUCGCUGGUGGAUGUAGCCGUUCAACAACCGAGCCUUCCCGUACCGCCAAGUGCUACGCACGAGGGACUGGGCAAGACGAUGGUCGAUAAUUUGAUGGAACAACCGAGACGGUUUCAGAUGAUGGAGCAACAUCAACAACAGCUCAGACAACAGCAACAGCAGAGGAUUGAGGCGGAGAGGAGGUUUCAUCAGCAGCAGCAACAGCAACAGCAACAACAACAAAUUCGGCAUCAACAGCAGGUGCCCAGAAGCGAUUCUUCAACUUUAACAGCCGCCAGUUUGAUUGACGCUAUCAUCACACACCAAAUCAAUCAAACUGCGGAAGUAACGAAACCGCGUUUUUUCCUUCAAGGUGGUCAGUCGGUGCCCAACAGUAGGGAACCGGCGCGAGCCAGCGACCGCCUCUUCCAGUCGUUUACCCGCGAACAGGCUGCCGCAGCUCUCGUUCAACAACAACAACAGCAAGCCGCGCAACAACAGCAAGACAAUGGCGAAAGACCUCCGUCCGUCAUCAGUGUCGACCUCGAUGGCGACACGGCCAAUUCGAAAAGCCUAACGAUCAAAGAAUUGGCAGACACUGUGAUCGCACACGAUUUCGGGGCGGCGGCCGCAGCCGCGCGUCAAUCGGCAGCCUGCGGCCCUACCUACUAUCAUCACCCCCACCACGACGCGUGGAAACGUCACGUCCAACAGAAGGAACAGGAGGGAAAGCGAUCGAUCACCCCCCAUGACGAACGUCAAAUAAUACGGAUCGCUCAAGCCCAAAAAUACCACGUCGAACCUGUCUCCCCACCGGAAAGCAACCAUUGGUCCGAGCAAAACUACAGGCGAUACCAACAGCAGCAACAACUACAACAGCAACAGCAGCAGCAACAACAACAACAGUCGCACAAUAUGUCCGCACUCGAUUAUGUCAAGAACAGGAUUGUGGAGGUGAUGAGAACGGAGGACGAUAAGAAGGAGGUGCAAGAUGGCGUUAAUAUGCACGAUAAAGACAGAAGUGAUAGUCCAGGUGAUAUGGUGAUCGACGAGGAGAAGCACGAGAGCGAGCAGCAACACCAGCAACCCCCCACGGGAGCUUACGGCUCUUACUCUUACAUGACGCACAAGCAAAGUGAUAACGCGGGGGUGAACGAUGCUGCCAGGAACGUCGAACCAAAACCACUGCUUUCUGCGCAGUAUGAACCCCUUUCAGACGAAGAUUAGACGAUAAUGUCAUCGACUAAAGUGAUUGAUUUCGAUCGAUUUUUUGUUGGAUUUAUUAAAAAUAAAAGAAGAGUGGGGUACGUUUCGAUAAAAAAUAACUUCUCUUUUGUUAAGGAUGAUGGCUAAUUGGACUUGAAGAUAGAAGAAUUUGUUUCGUCAUCCUCUACUAUAAAAGUCUGCAAUGGCUUCUUAUUCGAAAAUUAUUUUGAUCUCAAACGGCAUCGGUGUGUGGUUUUCAUUCAUAAAUAACUUCUGUUGCAAUGUUUCGAACUACAACGACUGCCUCCUCGUUGUGGCGCGUAAACGCAGAUGCUGGUCUACAAUAUUGAUGAUGGUGGUCUUCUCUUCGUCGUACGUGGUUCGAGUUCGAUGACAAUUAUUGUUAUGUAGAAGCUGUUGUGUCCUGGAUGAAUCAGUAAAAAACGGGGACGAUUUACG